AUGGGCCAUAAUGAUUAUAAGUCAGACGUAAUCAUUUGUGCAGUUUUAAUAUUGAUGUCUGUGUGUUGUCUUUUUAUUUUGAACGUAUUUGAGAAUCAAAACAGGAAUUACCAAAAUAAUCUCAUCUCAUCUAAAUACUUGGAACUCAUAAUCGAAUCGUCAAACAAUCAGCUAAUUACUUUAGACAAGUGAAAUAUUAUCCUUAAUUAUCGAGCUUUACUCGGACGUUGUUUUAUUGAUCUUAUUUUUUAUUUUUAUUUUUUCUAAUAUUCGGUCUGCAGUUUAAAGAAAUCGUUAUCGUUCAAGUUGUUGAAAGCGGUGCAUUCUCCGGAAUUUUAUAACGGCGUACCUCUUACCAAUGAUACAAUCCAGACGACAGAACGUAUGUGCAUCUUAUUCUUGAUCUUUAUUACAUAGCGCAGGUGAGGUCAGCUACUCUUAUUCUUGAUCCCCCCAUUAAUCACAAUUUUAAAUGUUCCAUAUUAUUCUAAAUAUAUCCUCUUAUGUAACGUCUAGCCCAUUUUUCUUUAACCUACAUUAUUACACAUUCACCUUAAAAUGCUCAUAUUUUUUGCAAUUUUCAUUGUUUUUUUAUCCCUCAUUGAAAGUUUAACAUUUAUGACCGUUCACAGAUAUCAUCGCUGACUUCACGAUGGUUUUUUCCUUUUUAGUUUGCCUUUAGUUCUUAUAAUGACAAUUGUUUGUUUUAGCCGACAAAACUGGGUGGUUUGGUUUGUACAAUAGUCGUUUAAUCGGCGGAGGUAUCCAAAUCACACAAAACCGUGUUGAUCGGAACGGUGAAAACGACAAUAAGAACUACGGUUCCGGAUGGAAGGAAUACGCCACGAGUACUGACUACACCAUUACUACUUCUUGGACUUAUUCACGGCCACAAAGUAAACAAUUACCAUUUUCAGUACAUAUUAGUUACUCACUUCCUUCUCCUUCUCCUUCACCUCAACUAUUUAUUUACUCGCUUUUAAUAUUAAAUUAAUUCAUUAAAAAUGUUGCUGUAGAAAACGCAACAGCGGAUGAAAAAAACAAUGCUGAGGGUUAUGGGCUAUAUUUAACCGACAGAUUCGUCGAAAGUAAAUGGACGCUCGACGAACAUUUAGGAUCGAAAUGGCUGGACACGAGAACCCGAAGUCUUUCCGUUCAAUUUCAGAUAUAUACACCUAACACAGAUACAGUCACCGUGGUCAAAAUCCGCGCGAAGACUGGAUGUGGGCUUUUGUACGCGAUUACUAUUGACGUGAGCCAUUAAAUAUUAAUGUUCAUUAUAAUAUUAUGGAUAGUAAAUAACCAUUAAUUCGAGUUUUUCCAAAACGUUUUAAUUUAUCGCCGAGUAAGGGGAAUUUGACCCAUAGCCGUCAUAUUUGUCUUCAUUAAAAUAUGUAUCUAUAAUUUUACACGGUGGUGUUUUGGAGAGUAUACGAGGGUGUACCCAAAAGAAACCGAACUGAUGUUGUGUAGGACAGAGUUUUAGUAGUACCGAUUUUUUUCCGGUAGGGGCGUAUAAAUAUACUUCUCAACAUUCAAUAUACCAACGGCCGUCAUCGUGGAAGGUUGUGUUACGUUAGUGUGAUAUUUUUUUUAAAAGUUAUUUUUCGUACUCGUCGUUUUUGUAAUGGCUGAUUUGCGUGAACAGCGCGUGGCCGUCAAGUUUUGCUUCUUGCCCGGGAAAACAGGCACAGAAAUCCUUGAGAUGUUGAAAACAGCUUUCAAAGGUGUUGCUUUAGGGAAAACUCAAGUAUUUGAGUGGUUUUCCCGUUUUAAAAGUGGUGAAAUGUCGAUAGACGACUAACCUCGCUCUGGACGUCCUUCGACGGCGCGAACCAACAAAAAUGUAGAAAAAAUUCACAAAAUUAUCAUGGAAGAUCGAUGGCAAACCAUCGAAGAAGUAGUGGAGAGAUCUAGUGUGACAUGGAAUUUAGUACAGAGAAUUUUAAGUGAAGAUUUGGGGAUAAGACGGGUGGCUGCAAACUUUGUUCCUCGAUUGCUAACUGAGCAGCAAAAACAAGGCCAUGUGGAAACAUGCUCUUUUUUGAAAGAAGAAUUCCAAAAUGACCCAAACUUCUUUUCCAAGGUCAUUACAGGUGACGAAUCAUAG